AUGCUUGCCAAAGUCGUCCUCCUUACCGUAGUCGCUUGCCAUGCAUGGGCAUCACCCUAUGUCGUCACCAACCCAGAAGAUCUAAAGAACGACUGGCACAGCAAUGACUAUACUGGAACUCGCGGCAAGGACCAGAUGAUUCAUUGGAAGUUCACCAUUGAAGGACACAACGCCGUCCCCGAUCCAGGCGACUUCUCAACGGUUUGCAAGGGCGUGCAGAACGGGGAGCUGUGCGGCGAACCAUGCACCAAGCCCGGGGCGUUUGUGGCAUGCAAGGAUGAAGCUUAUGAGGCGCGUCAGUGGUUUAAUGAUUAUGGCACUACGGUUGAAGUGCGCCGAACUACGCUUCCUGAUGCUGGGAAGAAGGUCAUUACCAGUGCUAUGGCCAAUAUCACUGAACAGGACGUGGUUGGCACGGUGCACUACAAGCUGAAGUUUGGGGAUUUCCAGAAACAAUUCAUUUCUACGUUUCAUCCUCCAUCGGCUUGA